UAGGCGAAGAAUGUGCCAACAAAUUAAAAACUAUUCCGUUGUCAGACAACACAAUCGGAAGACGAAUUGGGGAAAUGGCAAAUGAUGUCAAAGACCAGCUGAUGGCAAAACUUCAGACAGUUCUGUUUUCCCUUCAAAUCGACGAGACGACAGAUGUUACUAAUGAUGCGCAACUGUUAACAUUUGUGCGAUACGAGGACAGUGGCACUAUGUGCGAGGAAUUUCUUUUUUGCAAACCACUGCCCGGGCGAACUACCGGUGUAGAAAUAUUUAAAGCACUGGACGAUUUUUUCACGGAGCACAAUAUCUCGUGGCAGAGGUGCGUUGCAUUAUGCAGCGAUGGGGCCCGAGCCAUGAGUGGCAGCAAGACUGGACUGUUUGCGCAUGUAAGGAGGGUGGCUCCGGGGGUAAUUUGGACACACUGCCUGAUUCAUAGAGAGGCUCUCGCCUCCAAAGAUCUCAGUGUUGAGCUCAGUGGUGUGUUUGAUGUCGUUGUCAAGACGGUCAACUUCAUAAAACGAAACGCAUUGAAUACACGCCUGUUUUCAUCCCUAUGCCAUGACUUGGGAAGUGAACACAGCUCUCUCCUUUAUCAUUCAGAGGUGCGUUGGCUGUCUCGCGGCGCUGUGCUCGCCCGUGUGUUUGAACUACGCGGAGCUAUCUACGAGUUCUUGUGCGAGAAGCAUUCUGAUCUGGCUUCCAAUUUCAACGAUAGUUACUGGUUAACUAAGCUGGCGUACCUCACAGAUGUUUUUGCAGAGCUGAACAAGUUGAACAGCUCCAUGCAAGGGAGAGAUGCAAACGUCAUGCAGCUCUACGAGAAGCUCGACGCAUUUGUGAAAAAAAUGUCAAAGUGGAUCGAACGAGUGGAGAGCAAUAACUUGGCGAUGUUUCCUUCAGUUGAGGAAUACCCUGACAGCACUGACAUCAACGACACUAUAUGUGAGCAUUUGAGGAAGCUUGUGCGUCAAUUCGCAAAGUACUUCACUGAUUCGGAAGAGUGGCGCCGUGACAGCAAGUGGAUCCUGCUCCCAUUCAGUGACGAUGCAUCAGUAGGGUCAAGUCUGACGGCUGUGGAAGAGGAUAAGCUGAUUGAGAUGUCCACAGACUCUGUCAGGAGGCAUAUGUACGACACACAGCCCCUUGUUAAAUUCUGGAUAAGUUGCCAGACAGAAUUUCCACAGCUUGCUGCAAAAGCAAUGAGGUGUCUUUUGCCCUUUCCAACCACAUACCUGUGUGAGAGUGGUUUUUCUACACUGGCGUACUUAAAGAAUAAGUACAGGGCUAGGCUUGAUCCAGAGAAUGACAUGAGACUGUCUCUGUCUACCAUUUCGCCACGAAUAGACAGGCUGUGUGGACUUCACCACGCCCAGAUAUCACACUGACAGCAGGUGAUUGGUGACAGGUCUGUCCUGGCUGGGUUAUAAAAGCCCUGACCAGCCAGCAGUUGAGGCUGCCUUGGUCUUCAUUUGUUGGAUUUUGGUUCUCCGGUGUUGUUGGAUUUUUGUUCUCCGUUGUUGUUUUGUCACACACCUAGACUGACUUUGCAUGACAUUUUUAGUUACUUUUCCCAAUACUGAAUUGCACAACACUUUAUUAUUCUUUAUUCUUUCUUUAAAAUAAUCUUUAAUUUAAUUUAAUUUAAUAAAUCUACUUUUAUUAUUAUAAAAUCUGCGUGGCCUCUCUUUCAUGUUUCAUGCAUUGAGCUAUGCAUGUAACACCAAAUACACACGCGCACGCGCAGGCACAUCAGUGGGCCGCGGAUUGCUUUCUAGUCCGAAUGGUGGUCCCUGGGACAAAACCAGUUGAAAA